AUGGCAUUUGCAAAAUGGAGCUGGAUUUGUGCAAUCGCCCAUGUCACGUUAUUAGCCACAGUGUCAGCUCUCACCCAAAAAAACCUCCAGAUAAAGAGAAACUUCACCACUUUCUAUGCUGAGCAACCUGACUGGACUUUUAACCACUUAGUGGUUGAUGUCAGGACUGGACAUAUUUACCUUGGAGCUAUUAACAGAAUAUAUAAACUUUCUGAAGACUUGAAGGUCUUGCUGACCCACCAGACAGGACCAGAUGAAGAUAACCCAAAGUGUUACCCACCUAGGAUUGUCCAGCCUUGCAAUGAGCCCUUGGUGUACACCAACAAUGUAAACAAAAUGCUGCUAAUAGACUACAAAGAGAAUAGGUUAAUAGCAUGUGGAAGCCUUUAUCAAGGUAUAUGCAAGCUUCUCAGGCUUGAGGACCUCUUUAAACUCGGUGAACCAUUUCAUAAGAAAGAACACUACCUUUCAGGGGUCAAUGAGAGUGGCUCAGUUUUUGGAGUUAUUGUUUCUAACAACAAUGAUGAUGACAAAUUAUUUAUUGCCACAUCAGUUGAUGGUAAACCAGAAUAUUUUCCUACCAUUUCAAGCAGAAAGCUCACUAGGAAUUCAGAAGCUGAUGGGAUGUUUGCUUAUGUGUUCCAUGAUGAAUUUGUUGCCUCAAUGAUCAAAAUACCUUCAGAUACAUUUAACAUAAUUCCAGACUUUGACAUCUAUUAUAUAUAUGGUUUUAGCAGUGGCAACUAUGUUUACUUCUUGACUCUUCAACCAGAGAUGACCUCUCCACCAGGCUCUACUACAAAGGAACAAGUUUAUACCUCUAAGUUAGUGCGGCUGUGCAAAGAGGACACGGCUUUCAAUUCUUAUGUUGAGGUUCCCAUUGGAUGUGAGAAAAAUGGUGUGGAGUACAGGCUUCUUCAAGCAGCUUAUUUGUCCAAAGCUGGAUUAAUACUUGCAAAGUCUUUGGGAAUCAAACCUGGUGAUGAUAUUUUGUUUACCAUCUUCUCUAAGGGUCAGAAAAGGCGCAUGAAAUCACUGGAUGAAUCUGCCUUAUGUGUGUUUGUUCUCAAGCAGAUUAAUGACCGCAUUAAAGAAAGACUGCAAUCUUGCUACAAGGGAGAAGGUACUCUAGAUCUUGCAUGGUUGAAAGUCAAGGAUGUUCCUUGCGGCAAUGCACUCAUAACAAUUGCUGAUGAUUUCUGUGGUUUGGACAUGAAUGCACCCUUGGGAGUAUCGGAAAUGGUUAGAGGGUACCCUGUCUUCACAGAGGAUCGGGACAGAAUGACUUCCGUCAUCGCCUAUGUCUACAAAAACCAUUCCCUGGCAUUUGUGGGGACCAAGAGUGGCAAGCUCAAAAAGAUACGCGUUGAUGGCCCUAUCACUGGAGCUUUCCAAUAUGAAAUCAUACAAGUGGUGGACUCUGGCCCUAUCUUACGGGAUAUGGCAUUUACAAAGAAUGAAGAGCAGCUUUUUGUUAUGUCUGAGAAGCAGCUAACUCGAGUACCAGUAGAGUCCUGUGGUCAGUAUACCACGUGCAGUGAUUGUCUUGGCUCUGGAGACCCACACUGUGGUUGGUGUGUACUUCAUAACAUUUGUACACGAAAAGAGAGAUGUGAGCGGUCUCAUGAGGCUCGAAGAUUUGCAUCAGAGAUGAAGCAGUGUGUCAGACUGACCGUCCAUCCUAACAAUAUCUCUGUCUCUCAGUACAAUGUGUUGCUAGUGUUAGAGGCUUACAAUGUGCCAGAGCUGUCUGCUGGUGUCAACUGUACAUUUGAAGACCUUUCAGAAAUGGAUGGCCUGGUGGUUGGAAAUCAGAUCCGAUGUAUUUCGCCAGCAGAAAAAGAAGUACCACGUAUUAUCACUGAAAAUGGUGACCAUCACAUUGUCCAGCUGCAACUUAAGUCCAAAGAAACUGGAAUGACUUUUGCCAGCACCAACUUUGUCUUCUACAACUGCAGUGUUCACAACUCGUGCCUCUCUUGUGUUGAGAGUCCAUAUCAAUGUCACUGGUGUAAAUACAGACACGUGUGUACCCAUGAUCCACAGACAUGUUCUUUCCAGGAAGGAAGAGUCAAGAUACCAGAGGAAUGUCCACAACUUUUACAAACUGAAAAGAUCCUGAUUCCCGUUGAUGUUGUUAAACCCAUCACAUUAAAAGCAAAGAAUUUACCCCAGCCCCAAUCAGGCCAGAAAGGCUAUGAGUGCAUCCUGAAUAUCCAGGGCAAUGAGCAAAGGGUGCCAGCUUUAAGGUUCAACAGCUCCAGUGUUCAGUGUCAAAACACCUCUUAUAACUACGAAGGGAUGGAGAUUGACAGCCUCCCAGUGGAACUGACUGUGGUAUGGAACGGGGAUUUCAGCAUUGACAAUCCAGCUCUGAACAAAGUUCACCUGUACAAGUGUGGUGCCAAGAGACCAAGCUGUGGCCUGUGCUUGAAGGCUGAUCCUGAUUUUGAAUGUGGUUGGUGUGUUGGAGAAGGCAAGUGUACACUCAAGCAGCAUUGCUUACUAGCAGAAACUUCUUGGCUUGAGCUAUCAGGAACCCAUGCAAAGUGUGCAAAUCCGAGAAUAACACAGAUUAUUCCUGUAACUGGUCCCCGUGAAGGAGGCACAAAAGUAACCAUUCGGGGAGAAAAUUUGGGCCUUGAGUUUUGGGAAAUAGAAAAUGAUGUCAAAGUGGCAGAAGUCAAGUGUACUCCUUUGAUUGAGGAAUAUAUUCCUGCAGAACAAAUUGUAUGUGAAAUAGGGGAUGCCAAGCCAAGCCAGCACGCUGGAUUUGUGGAUGUCUGUGUGGGAGACUGCAGACCUCGUUUUAUGGCCAGAUCUUCCCUGCUCUACUACUUUGUUACAUUGGCUUUGUCAAAAUUAGAGCCCACCCAAGGACCCGUCUCAGGAGGGACACAAGUGACCAUCACCGGAACAAACUUAAGUGCAGGAAGUAGCGUGAAAGUAAUGUUUGGUGGACAGCCGUGCAUUUUUGACAGGAGAACAGCAAAUGAGAUAUUCUGUAACACCACAGCUUCUCUUGAAGGCUUAGAAAAGGUGAAAGUGACUGUUCAGAUUGACAAAUCUAAAAUUCCUCAGGAGUUAGCAUUUGAGUAUGUGGAAGAUCCUAGAAUUAUGAAACUUGAACCAGAGUGGAGCAUUUUCAGUGGGAAUACUCCUAUAUCAGUGUGGGGAAUGAACCUGGAUAUUAUUAGAAAUCCUCGAAUAAGAGCCAAGCUUAAUGGAAAAGAACACAUUAAUAAUUGUACAGUAUUGAACUCAACUGAGAUGAUAUGCCAAGCUCCAGCUGUGGCCAUUAAUUCCAACAGCCAAGGUGAAGGCACUGAGCGACCUGAGGAAUUUGGAUUCAUUCUAGACAAUGUUCAGUCACUGCUGGUCCUCAACAAGACCAACUUUACAUAUUAUCCAGAUCCAGUGUUUGAGUCAUUCAGCCCUUCUGGUAUCUUGGAGCUGAAACCUGGAAGUCCCAUAAUAUUAAAGGGUAAGAACUUGAUUCCACCAGUAGCAGGAGGUAAUAUGAAGCUGAAGUAUUCCAUGUACAUUGGUGAGAAGCCAUGCACAGUCACUGUUUCCGAUGUACAGUUACUAUGCGAGUCCCCAAACUUAACUGGUCGACACAAAGUACUGGCUCGAGUUGGUGGAAUGGAAUUCUCCCCUGGCAUGGUUUAUAUAACACCCGAUAGCCCACUUAGUGUACCAGCUAUCGUCAGCAUUGCUGCAGCAGGAGGACUGUUGAUCAUUUUUAUUGUGGCUGUGCUUAUAGCAUAUAAACGCAAAUCAAGGGAAAGUGACUUAACACUAAAAAGAUUGCAGAUGCAAAUGGACAACUUGGAAUCACGGGUGGCCUUGGAAUGCAAAGAAGCAUUUGCUGAGCUUCAGACAGAUAUCCAUGAGCUGACAAGUGAUCUAGAUGGAGCUGGUAUUCCUUUUUUGGAUUAUCGUACAUACACCAUGAGGGUGUUGUUUCCUGGCAUUGAAGACCACCCAGUACUGAGGGACUUGGAGGUUCCCGGCUACAGACAGGAGCGUGUAGAGAAAGGUCUCAAGUUGUUUGCACAGCAAAUUAACAAUAAAGUGUUCCUCCUCUCCUUUAUACGGACACUUGAGUCCCAACGCAGCUUUUCCAUGCGUGAUAGAGGCAAUGUGGCUUCCCUCAUUAUGACAGUCUUGCAGAGCAAGUUAGAAUAUGCCACAGAUGUGCUGAAGCAACUACUGUCUGAUCUCAUUGAUAAAAACCUCGAAAGCAAAAAUCACCCCAAACUGUUACUAAGAAGAACAGAAUCUGUGGCUGAGAAGAUGCUGACCAACUGGUUUACAUUCUUGUUGUACAAGUUCCUUAAGGAGUGUGCUGGAGAGCCCUUGUUUUCUCUGUUCUGUGCUAUUAAGCAGCAAAUGGAAAAAGGCCCCAUUGAUUCGAUCACAGGAGAAGCCCGUUAUUCACUGAGUGAAGACAAGCUUAUCAGACAACAGAUUGACUACAAGACUCUGGUUCUUAACUGUGUUAAUCCUGAUAAUGUGAACAGCCCCAUGAUUCCUGUAAAAAUCCUCAACUGUGACACAAUUACUCAAGUUAAGGAGAAGAUCUUGGAUACCAUUUUUAAGAACCUGCCUUGCUCCCUUCGACCAAAGGCAGCAGACAUGGAUUUAGAAUGGAGACAAGCAAGUGGAGCACGGAUGAUUCUGCAGGAUGAAGAUAUUACAACAAAGAUAGAGAAUGACUGGAAGAGGCUCAAUGUUAUAGCACACUAUCAGGUUCCAGAUGGUGCAGUGGUAGCACUCGUGUCUAAGCAAGUAACAGAAUACAAUGCAGUCAAUAACUCUACGGUAUCCAGGACGUCCGCCAGCAGAUAUGAGAAUAUGAUCAAAUACACUGGAAGUCCAGACAGUCUGCGUUCUCGCACUCCAAUGAUAACACCAGAUUUGGAGAGUGGAGUCAAAGUGUGGCAUUUAGUGAAGAACCAUGAACAUGGAGACCAGAAAGAAGGAGACAGAGGAAGUAAAAUGGUGUCAGAAAUCUAUUUAACAAGAUUGCUAGCUACUAAGGGCACCUUACAGAAAUUUGUAGAUGACUUGUUUGAGACUAUAUUCAGCACAGCACAUCGGGGUAGUGCUCUUCCCUUAGCCAUCAAAUAUAUGUUUGAUUUCCUGGAUGAGCAAGCAGACAAGCACAAUAUCCAUGAUCCCCAUGUUCGACACACCUGGAAAAGCAACUGCUUACCGUUGAGGUUCUGGGUGAAUGUUAUCAAAAAUCCUCAAUUUGUGUUUGACAUCCACAAGAACAGCAUUACAGAUGCUUGCCUUUCUGUGGUGGCUCAGACAUUUAUGGAUUCAUGCUCAACAUCAGAGCACCGCUUAGGCAAAGAUUCACCUUCAAACAAGCUUCUCUAUGCCAAGGACAUCCCAAGUUAUAAAAACUGGGUAGAAAGAUACUAUUCAGACAUUGCCAAAAUGCCAGCUAUAAGUGACCAAGACAUGAAUGCUUAUUUGGCGGAACAGUCUCGGAUGCACAUGAAUGAAUUUAACACGAUGAGCGCGCUCUCAGAGAUCUACUCAUACGUGGGAAAGUAUAGUGAAGAGAUUUUAACAGCUUUAGAUCAAGAUGACCAAGCUGGAAAACAAAAACUUGCCUACAAAUUAGAACAAGUCAUUACACUGAUGAGUAUAGACAGCUGAAAACUGUCCUUCCAGGUUACCCUGGAAGGGAUAAACCAAGCCGUGCCUCAGUCAAGAUUGUCAUCUUUACCAAGUGCAAGUUCCGAUUGGCUGGAUGCAGGGUCUUCUGCUUCUGCUUCUUCCUUCUAUGAACCUCAUGGAUACAUUAUAUUGUCCCUUGGAUUAAGGAAGGACAUAUAAUGUGGACAACUUUGGGAAUCAAAAACAUUCUAGCUAAGACCUCUGCUUGCAGACAAAUGGUCACAUUAUCCGUAUCAGUAUGGGAAACUUUAAGGUCCUAAGUGCUGUGCUGCUUGUAGCUCCUCUCCUUGCCAUGAAUUGCUAUGGAUGGAACAUGAACCUAGUAUUAAGGAUUUUGACAGAUAAUAUAAAAUAAAAAAAAAACCUUCUUCAGCAGAAGUUGGCAUGAUUGAGAUCCCAACAAAAUGACUUGAAAGAUGUCUUCAUGGAAGCCUUCCAAGAUGGAACAUGAAAAUUAAAUAUGCGAAAAUCCUUCUUUAAUCUCCAAGAGGCCAUAAGAAGAAAGAAGUUUUCUUUCUUUUUUUAGAUCCAUAUUUUUUUCUCUCUUGGAAAUGACAAUUAGCUCUUGCUCUCUAAUGCUAUAGUUUAGCUUUGUCUCCAUGUCCCCAAGGAUCUUACAUAUUUUGAUAAAACAUAGAAACAGUACUAUAUUACUUAUAUAGUUUUCCAUGUACAUAGCUAUGGUUUCAGAUAUUAUACAGAAGUUUUUAAUUUUAGGAUCCAGUAUUCAUGUUACAGCACACAGAGCAGUGAUCGCAUCACAAAAGCUUUAGUUUGUCCUUAAACAAGCACCACUUUAGACUCAGUUUUCCAUUUUAUAUUGUAUACUUUGAAUUUGGCCUGACCAUUUCCUAGGAUGGUUCUGCCAAUUAAAUAUCCUGCCUUCUUAAAUGCCAGUGAUUUGUUUCUUCAGUGGCAGACAGUGAACCAAGAGUAAAUGUGUUAGUGCAAACCACAAUUUAUUAAUUUAUAAUUAUGUAAAUAUGAGAUUGUUGAAGUUUGUUUUAAGAAAUAAUUUUGUACAUCAAACAUUGAUUGUACUAUCUAGCACAAUGCAUCAAAAACAUCAAAAAGUCCAUCAUAUACCAGGGAGAAAAUCUGUAAUUCAUAUAACAGGGACGACCACCAUUAAUUUUAUUUAUUCAGCCUUGGAAGGAUUACACACGUUCUGAAGGCUUGGAGUAUAAACAUUUUGACUGCCAUUUGGAUUAGCACAAAUUUUGAUAUUCAUGCAAAAAAAUAAAUAAAAAUAAA